AAAAAAGUGAUUGUUGAGGGUUUGUUCAUUUUGGGCGCAAAAAACAUUUUGAACUUGAGUUGGAUAUGAAACGAGUGAUAUCACCACAAUAAAGCAACCACCCAUGACAAACUAUGACCUAGAAAGCGACCCCAAAGGGAGAUUUGGUAGAUCUAACAAAGUGGUUCAAACUAUUGUAUGGGGUGCCGUCUAUGAAGCAAUAGAGUACAAUACCAACCAACUCGUGUGCUGGUACAAAGUCAAAAUACAUCAAAACUUGUACAAAAAGCUGGAAAAAGUUAUCCAGCCUUUUUUAAAAGCCAAACACCCUUCCUUACUUUUUAUCUAUGCCUUAUGGGAGUCCACCACCCAGCAACAUGAAAAGAAUAUGCUUGGUAUCGAUUUCAUCACGCAAGCUACGAGCAAAAUCACUUUGAAAGAAUAUCUAACAGCAUUGAGACCACUGAAAUUGGACGACUUGUUACUGUGGUCUUUUCAAAUCGCCAGUGCUCUCAACUUUUUGCAUUCCCAAGAUGAUGCUAUCGUACAUGGAAAUGUGAGACCGGAAAAUAUUUUUUUCUCAAUCGACAUGCAACAGGUAAUGUUGGGUGACUUGCUGUCUUCUUGGCUUUUGAGAGAGGUGACGGGGCCAAUAAGGAGACAAACGAAUGGCAGCAUCGCUUUUGAGCAGCAGUCUUUUGUGAUUUCCGAAGAAUUGGGACAAGUCUGGGAUGAAAAAGAUGAUGUUUUUGCUUUUGGACUGUGUCUAUUCGAAAUGGCAUCUUCCAUAGAGUCAAAAAAAGUGAACAACGUCGAAAUCAAAGAACGCCAUUAUUUAGAAGACUUGGAUGCAAGCGACUCUAUAAAGGACCAUCUAAAGAGGCUCAUCAAAAGUUGUUUGGGACCCAAGGAAGUGAGACCUACAGCUAAUGAAAUUGUGAAUGAUUCAUUAUUUUAUUAUCAGAGACGGGAUAAAAAAACUAUGGGUCACUCAAAUAGUGUGACCACUUGCAUGUCGCCGGAACAAAGCGUCACAGAUAUAUCGCCCAUGGCCUCUUCGAAGCUUCAAGCACAUGAAAUCGUCGGUUCCCCUUAUCAUCCUUUCACAGAUGUCGGUGCUCCUCGUAGUUUUGCCAUUCAAAGAGAUUCGCCAUCCGGAAUUCCAAGAUGUUUGGUGGUGCAAAAUCAAACCAAAGAACCCACUAAAGCAGUUGGUGAUGCGCAGAUAGAAGUAUUGGCGAGUCCAGAGUCGAAGUACAACAAUUGUGUUCGACUUAGUAUUCAGAUACCUAUUGAAGGUUCUUUUAAACGAAUAGAGUUCAAUUUUGAUCCUUUACUGGACUCUCCAGAAUCGUUGGCUGAAGAGAUGGUGAUAGAGCUGAACCUUCAUGCAUUACAAUUUGAUGUCAUUAAACAGGAUAUUGAGAAACAUUUACAGAGAAUUUUAGGCACGUUUCCUACUACUAGUACUACAAAUAGUAGUUUGGAUGACUGUCAAGUGCAACAGCAAUCUAACCAUCUAGAAAGCCUCGGCGAGGCGAUUUCAGUUGAUACAAAAGAAGAAAGCACGCUGAAUCUAGUUAGGGAUGUUUCUGUAUCGACUGAUAAUAUUUCGAGACAAAUGUUUACAGAGUCCAGAACAACAGUAGAUAGUGACAAAGAUUCAAACCCGUUUACUGACAUAGACUUGCACUUGUUUUGGGCUUGUAUUCAUUCAGGAAACAAACAACAAGCUGAUUGCUAUUUGCAAAAGAAUCCUGCACUCGUCCAUUUGAAAGAUGAGAAUCAAAGAACUCCUCUUCACAUAGCAGCUGCUGAAGGGUAUAUGGAACUGGUGAAAUUGCUUGUCUCUUAUGGAGCACCGUUAGAUGUUGCAGAUAGAUGGGGUCUGACUCCCAUUUUAGAAGCAGUUGCGUCGAAUCAUCAAGCCAUCCUUCAUUUUUUAAGAAAUCAAGUUCAACCCUAUAGUCAAGUUAACCGGAAGAUACCUUCAUUUUAUAUGAUUCCCAGUUAUUAUCCCAUCUUUGAUGCUCAUUGUCACCUGACUGCACAGGAGUUGGUAUCCAUUAUGUAUGGUCAAGAUGCCAUUAUUCUGGAUACCAGUGAUGAGUCCACCCAAUCAUCUAUACUACAUACUGGUACACCAUCUCAUGCAUCAUCUUCACCAGCUCUUACGGAAUCAUCUGAUCAACAGCAGUUUAGUUCCCUACGUGAGAGCAGUGAGCAAGUUGGUAUGGAUACAUGCCAAAAAUUAAACAAAAGACCUGAAGAUGAGAAAGAUCAUGCCUUGGAACUUCAUUAUGCUGAAUUGAGAAGAAUUGAAGAAGAAUACAAGCAAAAAAGGGAACAGUUGCAUCGUCGUUUUACAGAAGCCAGAUCGGAAGUAAGAAGCAAAUUGAAACAGGAACCAUCGGUAUCUACAAACAGUUCACUUGUAUCACUAUGAAAAGGCGUUUUCAUUACAUAUG